GUUGUGGAACAGAAACUUGAAAAUGUAAGAUUUGGCAGUAGGAUUGCCAAGCAACAGACAGCGUCCACCUGAAGUGGAUGUUGACCAUUGUUUCUUUCUGAGGAGUGUUCAUAUGGAGGGAAGUUUGAAGUCUGGCUCCUUCUCUGUGCCUGGAUCAGCUCCCCUUCAGAGAGACGCAAGGAACAAGAAAGAGGGGUGGAGGUUCAGUGGUUUUAUUCCUCUGAGUGAAAGGCUAAUGAGGAAGCAAUGGCAGUACUAGAAAAAAUAUGAGGGAGGACAAGAGAGGGCAAAACAAGUCUGAGGGGGAAAGUUCUGUAAUAGGCAUAAAUUGUUAAUGAAAAUACAGAAAGCUUGUUCAUUUGCUCAGGGCCUGCCAUUGCCAGCAGUGCUCCUCAGUGGAGUGUGUACCUGUGAUCUAAGGGUUUAGUACUGAAACAAAACCAUUCAGAGAAAAUGAAGCCAGACCUCCUCAGAAUGAAGGAAGUUGCAUUGAUUUAUCUUGACAGGAGUGGUGGCCUUCAGAAAUUUGUGAAUGCCUGCAAAUUAUACAAUGAUUCAAAGCAAAGUUAUGCCAUUUUCCGGUUUCCUAUAUUGAUAAAUCCAUCUGAUAUUAUUGAGUUGGAUGCUACCCUUGGAAAUUACAUUUUGCAUAAACCUGUGAAGGCCACUCAGAUUUUUCAGUCUGUGUGUUUUACAGCAGUUAAAAUACUGUCACUAAUUCAGCAGCUACAGACUGAAGCUCAGAUGAGCAUAGUGCUGAAACUAACACAUUUACCUUCCCUGCCCAGUUAUAUUUUCAGUCUUUGCAAAUUUCCAUUUGAUUAUACUUCUCAGAGAUUUUAUAUGGCAGAGGGAAUAGUUGUUGCAAUGUCCACUGUAACAAAAUAUACACAAGGAGCAAGAUUUGUUUGUUGUGAUGAAAACUGUCCGUUUUCUGAAGGAUUUCAGUAUAUAAGAGUACAUACACCUGGAGCGACAGAAUCUGCAACAGUGAGAAACAAUUUUGUGUGCACUUUGUGUACUUCACCACUGCGGGAAGAUAUGAAAUACAGAGUACUUGGUGAUAAGCAGAUUAUUGAAAUAGUUGAUGCUAAAGCAAUUAGUGCUUUUCAAGGAUUUUCCAGCAGUAAAACCCCUUUCAGAUUUCAAUCUUUCACAGUUUUUCUAAGAGAUGAACUAACUAACAAAAUGGAAAUAGGAAACAGGUAUAAAGUUAUAGGAAUUCCAGUCUGUAUGCCAAGCUGCAUACAAAUCACACUUUGCCUGGAAGCCAGCAGUAUACAUCUCUGUAAUCUCACAGGCCCUUCCCAGAUCAGUGAAAAAUUUAAGUAUCUGCUUUCUUUGACUUCAAAGUCGUGUUGGAGAUUUACAGCUCUUCUGGCCAAUAGUUUUGCUUCACAAGUACUUCCACCAGGCAUUAACAACACUCUCAAACUAGCUAUAUUGUUAAGUCUAGUACAGACAAGUGACAGAAAUGACUUAACAGCAGAUUACCUGGAUAUUUUGGUAUUGACGAAUGAUUCACUAAUAUUAGAGAGAGUUAUGAAUUACAGCAUUAGUCUUGUUCCACGGGGCCUACGGCAUAUUCCAUCUGGUGAACUUUUUCCUACUGUGUCCAAAGAUAAGCAUGGAACUAGAACUGCAAGCAUUCAGGCUAAUAGUGCUUUGCUGGCCAAAGGGGGAGUAUGCUUCAUUGGAGAAUUAUCUUCGCAUAGGAAGGAUAAGCUUGAACAGUUGCAGUCAGUACUUGAAGGAAGAACAACUACUAUAUUCAUCCCUGGAAAGAAAUAUGGAGAAGAAAUUGAUCAGCAGGUUACCCUUCCAAUUCAAACCAGUUUUUGGUCAUUUAUUGAUGUGGAUGCUUCUUGCAAAAAGCAUAUUCAAGGAGAUAAUACUCUAAUAGGCCAAAUGGAUUUAAGCUUUAUUUCAGCUAACGUUAUAGAUGCUUUUUGGCUUCUGAUACACUGCAAUGAAUCAGCAUUUUCCAAUCCAGUUCUUCCUGUUGUGAAUCUCCUUUUAAAAAAGGCCAUCAAUCCAGAAGAUGCAGUCUAUGCUAUCUCCAAACAGUUUGGAACACAAGAUUAUGAGGAGUUCCUUGCUUUCUCCAAAAAUUUGCAUGUGGAACUCUGUUCAGAAGCGGAAAGGCUGAUUCAUGGUUACUACUUAGCAAGUCGCAGAAUCAGAACACAUCCUGUUCAUGGAUCAAAUCUCUCAGCAACUGCACUGAAUAUCUUGAUUUCACUGUCUAAAGCACAUGCUAAGCUGAGUUUAAGAACAGAAGUACUUGAAGAAGAUGUUUUGAUUGCUGUAUUACUAUUUGAAUCAUCUCUCACUUUUAAAUACGGUGCUUCUGUGUUUUGUGUGGCCCCAAAUGCUGUGUUUCCAUUUGAACUCAAUAGUGAAAACUCUCUGAAUCAAAGGGAUAUUUACUUGAUGCAGUGCCAUCAACAGUUGAAACAAUUUGUUGCUACAUAUGGACCUGCAACAGAUGUUCUUAUUAGCGAAGAUUAGUUUAUCUUCAAAAUGAGGUCUAUUUUUAAAAAUAAACUUGAAUGUGUAAAUAGUUGUAAGAUCAAUUCAUGUAGUUCUUAAUGUUUGUCAUACAUACAUUUUGAGAGUCAGCAAAACUGAUUUCCCCAUUGUCACAUUAGAACAUUGGAAAUAUGAAGGAUGCAAUGCUUGGUCACAGAAUUCUACUAUUUCAGACAUUGCUUUUCCUUUCUAGUCUUGCAUUUCUCAGGGCGGGGAGGAACAGAGGAAGAAAACAUUUUCCAUUUUGUGAAAAGAGAUGUAUGACAUUGGUUCCUGUUAUAGCCUCCCAAAUUUCAUGAAAAAAUAAGAGCAGCUUUUACUAUGCAUGUCUUAAAUGGAGUGUAAUUCAACUCACUAUUGCUAUAUAGACUAUGUGGGAAAAUAGUCUCUUAAAUAUAUUAUUAUUAUUACUAUUAUUAAUAAUUUUUCUAUUUAUUACCCACUCUUCACUGUAAGGUCCCAGGGCAUUAAAAACAACAUUAAGAACAUAUUAAAACAAUGAAAGGGUUUUCAAUAUCCUGAAUAACAAUGUUAUCGUUACUUUCUUUGGGUAUGU